CUCUCCUUCCCUCCAUAAAUAACACCAAAGUCUCCUCCCCUCAAACCCACCGCCCAGUCUCCGCCGCCUCCUCCUCCUCCCCGCCGAACAAGUCAAAGAUCCACCAUCACCGAGACUCGCCUCCCCACCGGCGCUUGCGAUGACGAAGCCCGCCCCGACGCUGCGCGGCAGCCAGCUGAAGCAACUCCGCGCCCUGUUCACCCGCUUCGACAUGGACAACGACGGCAGCCUCACCCAGCUCGAGCUCGCGGCCCUGCUCCGCUCCCUGGGCCUGCGCCCGACGGGGGAGGACUCCCGCUCCCUCCUGCUCGCCAUCGACGCGGACGGCAGCGGGACCGUGGAGUUCGACGAGCUGGCGCGGGCCAUCGCGCCCGUGCUCACCGCGCACGCGCCCAGGCUCGUCGACCAGGCGCAGCUGCUGGAGGUGUUCCAGGCCUUCGACCGCGACGGCAACGGUUACAUCUCCGCGGCCGAGCUGGCAAGGUCCAUGGCGAAGCUGGGGCAGCCGCUCACCUUCGACGAGCUGCGGAGGAUGAUGGCCGACGCGGACGUCGACGGGGACGGCGUCAUCAGCUUCCGGGAGUUCGCGGGCGUCAUGGCACGCUCCGCGCUCGACUUCCUCGGCGUCCCCUGCUGACUGGAUCACCGGUCGGAUCUCCGGCGGGCCGGCCGGGGUCUGGUUAAUUAGGACUUCUUCUUGCUAAUUAGGAAUCUAUCGAUGUACCACACCGGAACUCACGGAACU